GAGCCCAAGCAACAAAAACGUCAAUCGCGCAAUUUCGCGAUCGCGAAAACAACCGUCUCGAAAACGUCUCUCUCGCAGCGGGGCCACGGCGCAAUAACCGCGAUCGAACGGCGUCGAAAGCGAUUCGUCAGCAAGCGAUGGCAACGAAUGCCAGCAGUUCGACGUCGGAUUCGGGUGGCGCACCGGGAAACUUCCACAUUUCCUCCUUCUCGCACGACGAGGACGACGACGUGCACGGUGACGACGUGCCGGACGAUCUGCUGUCGGCGUCGAGCUUCCAGAUCGGCGGGGUCAGCAGCAGCACACUCCGCUGCCCCCUCUGUUCCCACGCGAGACGGCAGUUCCACUGCAAGCAGUGCAUUCGGAACGGCAACUUUGUGCAUACGGCCAGCGUCGCUUCGAGUGUGGCUCACCCGCAGCUCCAGCUUUCCGAGCGCUUCGGUGAGAAGCAGCAACGGUUGCGAAACCUGCGCACCGCGAACGCGACCCUCGAAGCGAAGGCAAUGCGAAAGUUGGCCAAGCACCGGGCGGCCGACCAGCUGCGCGGCGACAUCAAGCGGUGCACGGAUAAGGCCAACAUCCUGCGUAAAACCAUCGAACAAAAGCGACGCACGAUUGAGGAACUGCGGGUGCGAGAGCGGACAGUACGCGAGACCAACCGGACACUGCGCAUCAAGCUGCCACGAUGCAACGAUAAGGUGCAGGAGCUGAGCGAGUUCGUAAUGCUGAAGGUGGAAGAGAGCGAAUACCGGAAACGGCAACUCGGCACGAUGCAGGAGCGGCUGCGUUUACUGCGGGCCGACCAUGUGCAGGAGCUGGUGCGCUUCAUCUUCCCGAUAUCGCAAACCAUCGUUAGCCGCAGCCAGAGCAGUACGGCGAGCACCGCGAGCGACAGUUCGGCCACCGAGGGGGGCCAACCGGGUGGCACAAACAGUCGCAGCACGAUACACGAAAUCUCCGAGGCUACCCGUACGGCCUACGUUCGGGGCCAGUGGGUGCUGCAGGAUAGUUUCGGAGAGGUGCAACACGUCAUUGUGGCCCCAUCGCUUCCGGGGACCGGCAACUAUUCGGCGUAUACGGAGUGGGCUACAGCUGGCGCUGUUGCUUCAUCAUCCGGCAGUCCGGGAGCCCGUAGUAACGCCCGGACGGGAUGUCACAAUCCGGCGCACACGAUUUCGGCCGCCCUUACGUACACUGCUCAGCUGGUGCAGCUCAUUGCGUUCGUGCUGGAUGUGCGGUUACCGCGCCGGGUAGCUUAUGCCGACUUCUGCACCACAAGCCUAGCGGAGGGACCGUUUCGGAAGAAAGUGGCACGCCUGAACGCGGACAUUGUGGCUCUCUGUUAUGCCCAAUGCUGCCGGCUGAACGACAUGCAUCCGACGCAUACCCUCGAGAACUUGCUGUGUCUACUGUCAUCGCCCCUUCUUGGCCACUGUGGACCGACCGAUCGGACGAGCUGUUUGAGUGAUUCCAUGGAACAGCUGCUAAUGCAAGACAUCGGUGAAGAUUCCGAUUCGGAAGAUGAAACCAUCAUCCACCAGGAAUGGGAAGCGGUACCGAGCAACCUUUCGCCAGUGACUGCCGAUCAUCCGUACCAACCGUUGACAGUGCCACUCGAGCAGCAGCAGCAUCGUCGCCCCACGUACGCCGGUCCCCAUCAUCAUCAGUAUCUUCCGCCGGCCCCCACCAGCCUAGUGACGAGUGCCUUCGCUUCGGUCAGCUCGUUCUGGAAAGGAUGGACGGGCAAAUAAACUGGGACACCAAACCGGCAGCCGGCACCAUUGCAACUCGACCUACGCUCAAUCCCAGAUUCGCCUCGAAGAAGGAAGGCCGAGGCUUUUCCGCAGAUGUGAUAGGAUCAGCUCUAU